AUGCUGCAGCAAUCGAUAAGCGGAUCAAAGCUGCGAUCAUCCAGUGCCCCGCUGUUUCAGGCGAGAUCGUAUUACGACUUUGCCAGAGGACCAGAGCGUCAGAUUAAUUCUGGAUUAGACCAACCAACGGUGCCGCUGAUUGCUGCUGAUCGUGUGUCUUCAGAUCCAGCUACAACAAACGCCGUGUUCCCCACCAAGGACGCCCACGAUCUACUGAGCCUCCAGAAGACCUGUGGCAGCCGCUGGGAGAACUACAUCACUUCGCAGACCCAGCUGCACGUGCUUAGCUUUGAGGGCCAGUCUAUGAUUCAUAGAGUCUCCCCAACACCACUUUUGUUUGUUGUUCCCGGCAACGAUGUCCUGGUGCAAACGGCAUCACAAAUGGAUGCCUUUAACAAGGCGCGAGAACCUAAACAAUUACUCUACCUGGAUGGAUGUGGGUAUUUUGAUCUUCAUACAGGAGACUACUUUGAGCAAAACAUAAAGGUGCAAAUUGAGUUCCUUGACCAUUAUCUUAAAUAAUAAAAAAUUAGCUUCUGACAGACUUUAAAUUAUACUGAUAUUCUGCUU